CUACGGAAAAAUUCUACUUUCGUUUGUUUGCUUCCUUAUCAAAUAAUUGAAUAUUUUCACGAAUUUUUACAGAGUAUAAUAUUUGGAGGCAAACAAACCAUUAAAAUGGCAAGGAUGUUGCUAAUAUGUCAGAAUGUCCGAUAAGAAAAGGAAACUUUUGAAACAGUCAUCAUUAUUGGACUUUAUGUGUGGAACAAAUCAAUCAAAAUCAAAGAGACGGAAAACAGAUAUGAAUGAUAGCGAGAAAAAAAAAGUUAGAAAAGCUGCUGAAUCGAGAAUUACCGGUACUGUUGAAAAUUCAAGUAAAAUCAAAGAGAAAAUGAGCGAUAAUGAGAAAUAUGAUAAUGGUGCUAGUAGUAGUUCACCAGAUAAAGUUUAUGACACAUCGUGUUAUACUAUCGAUGACGAGGAUGAUUUUAUUCCCAACUCUAAACCAAGUAAAGAGAAUAAAAAUUUUAAGGGAGUACCAAUAGCUGAUUUAGUAUCUGCUCCACAGUGUUAUAAUAAUUCGUUAAAACCAAUUAAACCUGAUGAAACACACACUGUUCUCUUUGAUAGUUCGUUUAAAUAUGGUGAUGUAAAUAAUUUACCUGCACCUUAUCCGAAACAAUACCAGGAAAGUUGGAACAGUAACCAUGUACAUAUGCCUUGUUCUAAACACAAUGAAUAUCCUGUACAAAAUGAGAAAGGAACAACUGAAUUACGGAAAAGAUGGGAGCUAAUAGAAGAAACUUAUAAAGACAGAAUUAUAGCUGGUCCCUUUGAGUUGGAGGAUGCUAUUUUAUCAUACAAUCAAAGAUACCAGAAAAAAUGGAAUUUCCAAACCCUACGUAAAUAUUUUACUGAACAUGUAUCAAAGAAAGAAAAAGAUAAUUUUUUUGAAUAUUCUUUACCUAAGAUUAUAAAAUUAGCUCUUCAAUUACCACAUUUGUGUACAAAGCCAAUUCCUCUGCUGAAAAAACAUAAGAAUCAAAGUAUAACCAUGAGUCAACAGCAAAUAGCCUGCCUGUUGGCCAACGCAUUUCUCUGUACAUUUCCCCGUAGAAAUUCUCAACAUAAAGGUUCAGAGUAUGCUGAUUAUCCUGGUAUCAAUUUUAUUGGAGUGUUCCAGACUGGCUCAUUUGAUAGAAAGUUUCAGAAAUUAAAAUGUAUAUUCCAUUAUUUUGAGCGUGUUACCAGUAAAAUGCCCCGCGGUAUUGUUACAUUUACCCGCCAGUUUAUACAAAAUACACCUAACUGGGAAAAUUGUCAUGAGAAGUUACCAGAACAAAUACAUGUUUCGUCAUCUGGUACCAUAGAGGAUGAUGGAUUCGGUUUAUUACAGGUUGAUUUUGCCAACAAGUAUAUUGGUGGUGGAGUGUUAGGUUCUGGAUGUGUUCAAGAAGAGAUCCGUUUUCUAAUCUGUCCAGAAAUGUUAAUCUCUCGUUUGUUCACAGAAGCUUUAGAUAAUAAAGAAUGUCUAGUAAUGAAAGGUUGUGAAAGAUUUAGUAAUUAUGAUGGUUAUGCUGAUAGCUUCACAUGGGCUGGAAACCAUGACGAUGUGACUCCAAGAGAUUCUAAUGGCCGAUUAUGUACAGAUGUUGUGGCUAUAGAUGCUUUAAUUAUAAGAAAUCCUAACGAUCAAUUUAAAGAUUAUAUGCUUAAACGAGAAUUAAACAAGGCUUAUGUGGGUUUUGAAAUAUUUUGUGGACAACAUAUUCCUCCAUCACAGAGACCUGCUGUGUGUACAGGAAAUUGGGGUUGUGGUGCAUUUAGAGGUGAUAAACAGCUUAAAGCUUUAAUACAAUUGAUGGCAGCAGGUAUGGCUAAGCGGGAUGUUUGUUACUUCACAUUUGGAGAUGUGAAACUAACAGAAGCUAUUUAUGAUAUCCACAAUUUUUUAAAGGUUGAGCAAAACAUGGAAAUAGGAGUGUUGAUUAAUGUGAUAGAUCAAUACUACAGAAAUGUUCUGCUCUCCUGGUCACGUAAGAAAAAGGUUGGUCUCUUCCAGUAUAUAAUGGAAUCAUUUGAAGGCAUCAACCAUUCUGAAUCUGAAGACGAAGAAGCAGACUUCGAAUCUGAACAUAUGUUCAAAGAUGAAGUUGUAGAACAUGAUAUACACGACAGUAGUCGAGAAAAUAGUAUUGAUGCUGCAGAUAUAAUGGAGUGUGACAGUCCAAACAAGGAAAUAGAUACCGAAGAGAAUGGGGACCUGGAGAAGUACAAAACGCCUAGUACAAGUACGGACAAAAGAGAACAUGAUAGUGAGGAAGAUAAAAAUCAUGAGAAGACAACAAAAUCUGAUGAGGGAUAAAUAUAAGUUGUAGUUAUAGUUUAAACAUAUUUUAUUACUUAAUUUACUGAGGGAUCAGGACAAUUUAUAGAAUGAAGGAAUUAAAAUAGAUUUAUGAUUGACUGUAAAUUAUAAAAUAGAAGAAAAUGAAUUCCUCAAAAUCAGAUGACCACAAGUAUGGUAAGAGCUAAAUCUGCCUAUUGCAUGUCUUUAUUUUGGCUUCAAAUGUUAUAUGAACUAUUAUUUAGACAUUUAUUAACAUGACAAGCCAAUAAUCAACUCUCUAGUCUCACUUGUCCAGUACCUUUGCUACAGUAAUAAACAAUCUGCGCUACAUCUUCUAACACCCAUAACUUUGCUCAGAAUAAAGUCGUUUGAAUGAAAUUUUAAUUUUUCAUUAUCUAUUUUUGAAUUAUUUUUGAAAGAACCAUCAGCUCUUUAUCUAAAUCUAGACGUAGAGUGAAGGAAUUAAAAAAAAUUGUUAUGAUUGACUAUGAAUGGAUUCCACAUUAAUAAAUCAUGAAUUAGGCUAUAAAUGAUUCUUCACAAUAUAACAUAUCAUGUAGAUAACAUGGGCCUUAUUCCUAAAAAAUUAAAGCAACAUUGAUAAUUUGUCUUUUGCAGAAAAUUUUUAAUUUCUUAUGGCUAAAUCCCUGCUAAUAUGUACUCAGAUUGUUUAUCAUUUCGAAGAAAGCAGAGGACUAUUAAAAUGGGUCCGUCCGUCUGUCUGUCCAUCACACUUUUUGGGACACAAUAACUGCUUCUAAUUGAGCUAUAAUUUUCAAACUUGGUGUAGGUGUUUAUUAGGUGAAUUCCUUGACUGUGUUCGAUGAUGAGCAUUUUCUUCUUAGACUAAGCAGAGAUAUGCAAUUUUUUGUAUAUCUUUUGACACAAUAAUUUUGCUUCUAAUUAAUACUUGGUCUAUAGUUUCAUUACAUUAAUUCCAUUGACUAAGUUCGAUAAUUGGCAUUUUCAGCUCAGGUUAAGCAACUUGAUUGAUCGAGAUUUUGGAGCUUGACAACUUUGAUUCUAAUUGAGUUAGAAUGGUGAAACUUAGUGCAUAUCAUUACACCAAUACUUUGACUAAGUUUGAUAAUGCACAUUUCGUAUAGUUUCAUAUGUUUUGAUUCCAAUUGAGUGAAACUUGGUGUAUAGUUUCAUUACGGUACAUCAAACUCGGAGUAUAGAGUCAGUACAUCAAUACCAUGACUAAGUUCAAUGAUCAGUAAUUUGAUUGGUCAAGACUUUGACUCUAAUUGAGUGAGAAUGGUGAAACUUGGCGUAUAUAAUAUAUAUAUAUAUAUAUAUCAUUACAUCAAUACCUUGACGCAAGUUUGAAUACUCAGACUAAGUUCGAUGAUGAGCAAUUUGAUUGGUCAAGACAUUGGAGCUUGACAACUUUGAUUCCAAUUGAGUAAGAAUGGUGAAACUUGGCAUAUAUCAUUACAUAAAUACCUUGACUAAGUUCGAUAAUGUGCAUUUCCUAUAGUUUCAGAAAUGCAUCUGGUCGUCUGUCACCUUUCGGAACAUAUUUCUGCUUCAAUAAUGAGCAUUUUCUGCUCACAUUAAGCACUGAUAAGCAAAAUGAUUGAUGCUUUAUUAAAGGAUAAAUAUGCAAUUAAAAACUGUGUGUCAUCUACAUCAGUCUCACUGUUGACUUAUUUAAUUAAGAAAAUUGGUUCACAGCAAAUAUAGAUAAUGGCAUAGUGAGCAGCAUAGAUCAAUGGAAUUUUCAAUUCAGCAUAUAUUUGUACAUAUGGUAGCUUGCAAGUGAUUCUAUAUUGCUAAAAUCAAGCAUAGUGGCUUAAACUAAAAUAUUUUAAAAAUGCAAUGUUUUCAUUGGUUGAGAGUUGAAAUCCUAGAACAAAUUUUAGCUCUUGGCCAAUAAAAGGACUGAAUUCUUAAAUUAUUUUAAUUUAAGGUGUGAACAAGGCCCCUGUUUUACAGCGUUUUCCUUUUAUUUUAGUAUGUAAUUUGGAGUGAAGAGUCUGCUAUACUGAAGUAGAGUCGUUUUAGUUAUUCUGGUAAAAGUAAUUUGUAUUGUAAUAUUCCCUUUUUCAAAAAUUCUCAAUAGAACAUGAACUGUGAUUAAAGGAGCUAAAUCUCUAUUCUUUGGCACAUAGAAAGGUCCAUAAAUUGGUCACAGCGCAUAUAAUAAUGUAAUAUGAAUGUAUAUAAACUGAUUUGCAUUCAGCCGUUUCUGUUUUAACUGUUAUUUCUAAUCAGUUAUGUUUGGCGAUAUAUGCAAAGUGUCCAAAUUGAAUAGUCUUUGGUAUCUGGUUAUUCAAGUCUACACCGGUAGUAUUCUGUGGGGUACGUUUAGCCUCAUUCAUUGAGUUGCUUCAUUACACAUGCCGCUCAAAAGCAUUCUGGCACACAAUUCGUGUGCCAAUUUUAAUUUUGUCUUAAAUAUGGAUAUCAGAAGCCCAUCUUUUCACGGUAAGAUAACAACAUCAAUGUUAAUUUAAAUUGACCAAUAAGUCUUGUUUGCAAUGUCGAAGACUGUGGAUGGUAUUGAGUUAAAGACUUUCCUCCUUUAAUGUCCCAUGGAUUGUAAAGGGGUGCAAUAUGACAGUCUCAAUCCCAGAGAUAACUUUACCCUUCAUUUAUCUCUGGUAAAAAUCGCCAGCCAUUAAUCAGUGUGAAAUUGGUUCCUUAGCUCCGCCCCUGGUGGCUACUGAUUGGCAGGAUUUGUUAGAAUGAAAUGCUGCCGAUAAAUGAAGGGUAAACUUAUCUCUGGGAUUGAGAUUGGCAAUAUGAAUGGAUUUUUAUAUAUUAGUCCCUGGCUGAUGACCAUUUGUUUAUCUGAUGCACAUCAAAAAUAUUGUUAAUUGGAUAGCUCACAUGCAAGGACCUUAAAAAAAAACCCUGAAGUAUUGGAUUCAAAUUGGCUGACAUUUAUAACAAACAUAUAGUAUACCGUCUCCACACAACAAGAUCUUAAAAUAAAUGUUGCAUAGUUAGCAUAUGCCUAACAAGUAUGUUUUAAUUAUUCAUUUGUAUUUUUUGCAUUAAAGAUUUGUAAAUACAUGUAACAUUUUAAGGCAAAAUUUGUUAAAAAAAUUUGUAAUAUGUAAUCAUUGAUAGUGGAAUUAAGCUGGACUUAGUGAACAGAGAAAUUCUUUUAUAGUUACAUAACUGAAUUAUCAGCAUCAUCGAACGAAUUUCAUUUUAAGAAAUAUUCUCAUAUAAUUUAGAUUUAUUAAGGCCUUCAGUUGAGUAUGUAGUAAAUACUGCAUCAGUAUCAAAAAAGUACAUACCUAGCACGAACCCCAACGCUCGGAUAGCAUCUUAUUGAGUAAAUUCUAACUGCAAAUGUGUCCGAAUUUGUGUUUGUUUAGAAAAUUACAAAUGAUUGCUUCCAAAAGAAUUUUUGUGGAAUAUUUAGCCAUUUGAAAUACGAGAUCAAAAUGCUUACAUUGUCAAUAAGUAAAUGCACCAGUUUGGCACUCAGUAAAAAUGACCCAUUUAUUCUAGUAUAUGUGACAUACACAAUAAUUUAUAAUUGUUGUUCACCUGUUGUAAUUAUUCUAAUUUAUUUCAUAAAAUAUACUGUUUUUUUAAUUGUUUAUAAGAUGUACUAAUGUGUAAGAUAAAUGAUAUUUUUAUCAGGUUUCAUGAACAUAAAUUAUAACUAAGCAAGGUCA